AUCCUUAUUGCAAAUUGCAAUCAUCAAUGGACACUAAACAGUGAAGAGUGAACACAUUGAAACCUAUUAUUUAAAUUCAUUCUGCAAUUGCAUCUCUCUGUCUCUAUCUCUAUGCACUCUCUUGCAUGCAAUAAAGCCUUCUUCACUCUCUUCAAACUCAUUCUCCAAUCUACACAACAACCAGAAAAAAUGUCACUCUCUCACAAAUAAGUGGCAUUAACUCUACUCUGUUUGAACAUGGAUCUUCUUAGAGCCUUUAGUUUGUGUACACUCUGUUGGGUUUUGUCAUUACUGAGUUCUGUUACCAAAUGUGGUGGUUCAGAUGUCUCUGUGAAAUUUUUGAAAGCCCCUCAUGUAUUCUCUCACUUGAACUCAGCAACAUUUGCUUUUGAAGUCUUUAAUUCUGGUAGUGGCAGCACUUGCUCAAACUGCAGCCUCAGUUGCAAGCUGGAUGAUGGGAUCACAUCAGUUUGUACAAAAAGGAAAGUUAGAUACUCAAGCUUGCGGGAUGGAAAUCAUACUUUUGAAGUCUGUACCAAUAAUGGGCUUCAAGGAGUUACCUGUGCUCGCCAUAACUGGACUGUUGAUACAAUUCCCCCAACUGCUUAUGUUACACCCUCAACAAUUUUCACGAAUUCUUUAAAUGUUUCUGUAAAUAUAUCUUUCAGUGAACCCUGUAUAGGUGAAGAUUUUGGAUGCAAGUCUGUGAAUGCCUGCAAUCUUCUUGUCUAUGGUGCUGGCCAGGUUAUACCAUCUUCCUUUAGUAUGAUGCAGCCAAACCUCAUGUAUUCUCUUCUUGUUAGUUUGUCAUCGACAGUUCAAUACGGUCGCGCAAUCCUUGUAAUGGAUAGGAAUUUCUGCUCUGACAUUGCUGGUAACAACUUCACAAGAAUGCCAAACUCAAGUGUUUAUAUACACUUUGAUAGAAGAAAGGCUUAUGUCAACAUCAGGAUUCACGUACCUGAAAAGCUACUUCAACUGAACAGUGAAACUAGAACAGUUCAAGCAACUAAUGAUUAUGACAAGCUAAAGGUGUUCCUGUAUUUCUCAGCUCCAGUUCUGAAUUCAUCUACAGAAAUUAUGAAUUCUCUCAAUAUUAGCCAGGGCUCACUUGUUCAGACUAGUGCAAAAACUCGUGGAAAUCGGAGAUUUGGAUUCAUGAUUGCUAAUAUCUCCUCCACUUCUAUAAUCUCAGUUGACUUCAAUUCGGAGUCUAUAAUAACCAGACAAGGGACUCCAGUUUCUCCAACUGCACCAGUUACUUUUCUUUAUGAUUCUAAGAGACCUGCAGUGAUGUUAAGUACAUAUAGGAUGAAAACAAAAGAAGACAAUAUCCAGAUAUUAAUUAAAUUUGGGAAGCCUGUUUUAGGCUUCAAUACCUCUAGCAUAUCAAUUUCAGGAGGUUUAUUAAAAAGUUUUCACCAUAUAAACUGGAGCACCUACAUUGUUGAGCUACAAGCAGAUGAUGAUCAUGUAUUUAUCAGUGUUCCUGAAAAUGUAACUCGUGAUGUUGCUGGAAAUAAAAAUCUAGCUUCCAAUGUUCUACAAGUGAGGCACUACUCUGCACCUAUGAUUUCUUCUGUGAUUUCUGCAUUUGCAACUGCUUCUUUUGUGCUAACAUCAAUUGCGGCGAGUUUGCUCACUGUGUCAACUGCGAGCCUUCAAUCCGUUGGCACAUUUAUGAGAUCGUCUCCUUUCUUGAUCGUUGAUCCAGCGAGGAAUCUUUUUAGAACUAUGUGCCAUAUUCAGGUCUUUGCACUGUCUAGAUGGCUAACAGUUAAGUUGCCAGUUGAGUUUUAUGAAUUUUCCAGGCAUUUGCAAUGGACCAUACCCUAUUUUUCUGUGCCAUGGGAAGCUGGACAAAUGAACCUGUUCAUGGUGGCAUCUGGUCCUUUUCGGAGCUCUAGUUCCUUUGCCAAAGCUUUGGCUUCAAUCCCAAACAAGCUUUUAGACAGGAAUUUGAAUUUCGCUGCUGCAGUGUAUGGAUCACCACUUACUUCUUCAGAGUACCAACAGUAUUUUGAGAGUGAAAAUAUGAAACCAGAAGCAGAAUAUAUUUUGGAUUCAAGACAUUCCAGUGGAUGGACAGAUUUUUCUAGAAGCAUGUUUUGGUUAGCUGUGAUAUUUGGCAGUUUGAUAGUUCUGCAUGCUUUUCUCCUCAUUAUCCUCAAAUUCAGGAAGAGAAAUUCUGAAACGCCUAGAACUUAUGGAGCACUCAUAUUCCCAAGAUUUGAGACAUUCCUUACAUUUCUUGCAGUACCUUGUGUUUGCAAGGCUUCUGCAGUUCUUAUUAAAGGGGGAGCUCUUUCAGCAGUUGCAGUUGGCAUUCUUCUGCUGGUUUUGGUGUCCACCGUGCUUCUAGCUUUGUUCAUGUUCCUCUCUGUUGGAAUCACAUUUGGAAAACUGCUUCAAUACAAGGAAGUUCAUCAAGAAGGUGAGAAAUUUCACUGGUACCAAGAGCUUGUGAGAGUAACUCUGGGGCCCGGAAAGAGAGGACAGUGGACAUGGAAAGAACAACCUAAAUCAGUUUAUCUAACAAUCCUUGGUCCAUUGUUUGAAGACUUAAGAGGCCCUCCAAAGUACAUGCUUUCACAGAUAUCCGGCGGCAGCCAUCCAAGCCAAAGCGAACGCAUAAUCGCCUCCGAUGACGAAAACGAAGAUGCAGAAGCACCUUUCAUCCAAAAGCUGUUUGGGAUUCUUAGAAUCUAUUAUGUGCUUCUUGAAUCCAUAAGGAGGGUUGCACUGGGAAUUUUGGCAGGUCUCUUUAUUCAGACACAAUCUUCUAACACCCCUGUGAUUAUCAUGCUGUCUAUAACCUCUUUUCAGCUAUUCUUCAUGGUGCUGAAGAAGCCUUUCAUAAAGAAAAAGGUUCAGUUGGUUGAGAUCAUCACACUCACAUGUGAAGUUGCUUUAUUUGCUAGUUUUUUAGUGCUCUUGAAAAAGGACUAUUCUGUGAGAACUGAGACAAAAUUUGGAAUUUUCAUGCUGGUGCUGUUCCUAGUGGGAUAUUGCUCACAGAUUACUAACGAAUGGUAUGCUUUAUAUAUGCACACAAGGCUUCUGGACCCUGAGGAGAAGUCAUUCUUAAAAGGUUUGAAAAUUGCUUCAAUUGGGAUUCUUGUAUAUUUCUUCCCUCAAAAUUGCACCAAAAACUUGGAGAAGAAGUUACCUCAAAAUGGGCAUGGGAAUGGAGACACUGGUUUGGAAAGGUAUAGGAGCUCAGGGAGUAGGAGCUCAGGUGGUACACCUGAUAAACCAUGGUUGAAAAGACUGAGGGAACUUGGAAAGCUUAGCUUUGGUAGGGAAAGAAGUGGAGCUAUAAAUGAUCCUUCUACCAGUAGCACCACUAGAUGGAGUGGUUUCUGGGGAAACAAAAGGAGUGGGAGCUCUUCUUCUGAUUUUAAGUCAAAACAAAGUAGUACAUUGCACCAAGAUUUGGAAGCCAUUUUUGCAUCCAAGUGAAAGUCAUAGAUAAUUAAAAAUGGACUAGCAUGUAUUUGGAUUUGCCAUCCAAACCUGCAACCUUGUUUCCCAUUUUUAAAUGAUGUACAAUAGUCUAAUUGAACCUUGUUUCCAAGUGGGAAUAAUGUACGUCAUAUAGCCUUUAACUUAUUUACAUUUACACCACUUUUUCUAUUUCAUCUCACUUUCACC